AUGCUGGCCGGUGUUCGUUCGUUUGCAGACCUGUACCACGUCAAGUGCUUUGAAAAGAUUGCCGAUCUAUCCCGCGUGGAGUUUCUCGACCGCCUCCAGAUCCUGACUCGAUCGAACUACCGGUUUCGCGGCCUCAGCGCCAAAAAUGUCAUCAGUGGAAACUACCUCCUGGACGGAGGCGCGGAACGGCUGCUGCUGAAUUGGAAAGCGCAACGAGGGAGAUGGAUCGAUAAAAAUGCCGGCGAACAGCCAGAACCCGAUAUAUCUACGGCAUUCAGUAAUCUGUUGAGAAAUUCGGGAUCUUCGUCUUUCACAUAUGAGAAGGUCGAAGGCCUUGGAAUGCACGAAUACAUGCUGUUGACCACGAUGCUUGCUCCCUUCGAGAGUGAUGGCCCGCAGGACACGGAUGAGUGGAAUCUCUUCACUGAGUAUCUGCCUGGAGAUGAAGAUGAAGAUCAGCUCCAUGAGCAACACAGCCUCAGCUCGACUUUGGCACGUUGGAACAAUGAUGUGGUACGUGUAAUUCCCAAGUAUUCGGACGGUUCUCCUUCGUGGGUGUGGUUUGCUUGUCCUUACAAUUUCGAACAAGUGCAUCAGAUGCUGGCUCUGUGUACAACAGCAGCUCGCUACAUGGGACGAGGCGAAUCUGACUGA